AUGCCCCUUCCGGGCUUGUCAGAGCGAGGCGACACUGCUCCACGUUGCGAGUCAAUCAUACAGCACACAAACAAGGGCAUCCGCCCCAGGCAGGCCGCUGCACAUAAAUACAGUGAUCUAACCACUGUUUACUAUUCCAUUCCCGCGUCGCCUUGUACCUCGACGUUUAUAUUCUCAUACGAAAUUGUUCCACACCCCCACAAAGUCGACAUAUAUAUCAAAGACGAGAACCGUGAUACACGAUGA